GUCCUCAACAUGGCAACAGCCAACCAAACAAGCAACACGCUGAUGCAGUUUCUCUUGAAUGGGAUCCCAGGCCUGGAGCAUGCUCAUGUCUGGAUCUCCUUUCCAUUUUUUUCCAUGUAUCUUAUCGGCAUGGUGGGGAACUGUGGGCUUCUCUACAUCGUCUGGACAGAAGAGGCUCUUCACAGGCCCAUGUACUACUUCCUCUGCAUGCUCUCUGUCACGGACAUUGUCAUGGGCACGUCUACAAUGCCGAAAGCAUUCUGCAUCUUCUGGCUGAACCUUAAAGAAAUUGACUUCAACUCCUGCCUGGUCCAGAUGUACUUUGUCCACACCUUCACCGGGAUGGAGUCUGGGGUCCUCAUGCUCAUGGCCCUAGAUAGAUUUGUUGCCAUCUGUUACCCACUGAGAUAUGCCACCAUCUUGACCAAUCCCAUCAUUCUCAAGGUAGGGUUGGUUACCUUCCUCAGGGGAGCAUUCCUCAUCCUACCUUUCCCUUUCCUGGUCAGGAAAAUGCAAUAUUGCAGCACCCAUGUCAUUGCUCACACCUACUGUGACCACAUGGCGGUGGUGAAGUUGGCCUGUAGCAGUAUCCGUGUGGAUGCUAUCUAUGGCCUGACCGUAGCCCUGCUGAUAGGAGGCUUUGACAUCUUCUGCAUCACCGUGUCUUACUUCAUGAUCCUGAAGGCCGUUGUGGGCCUUUCCUCCAAGGAAGCCAGGAGCAAGGCCUUUGGCACCUGCACUGCACAUAUUUGCGCCAUCACCAUCUCUUACACACCUGCAUUCUUCACCUUCUUUGCACACCGCUUUGGGGGGCACCAUAUUGCUCCUCACGUCCACAUCAUUAUGGCCAAUCUUUAUCUGCUUCUUCCCCCCAUGAUGAACCCCAUUGUUUAUGGAGUGAAGACCAAAGAGAUCCGUGAAAGUGUCCUACGGUUGUUCCAUAAGGGAAAGACCAUGACAUCUCAGCACCACUGA